AACCAGAUUGAGUUUUUCAAUUUCUUUCCCCUGAAAGAUCAAUUCAAUAAUUAGAAUCGGUCUACACCAUACCGACUUACUGAACUUGUUUAUAUAUUCGUUUUCAUCGUUAUAGAUUAAACGCUGCAUAAUACAAUCAAUCUGCAUAGUUGAUGAUGUUAAUUCAAUUUUUUUUCUCAAAAACGCUUUGAAGUUUAUAUCAAAAGUGUGUAUUCUCUAAUAGGGUACUUAAUGAGUUCACAAGAACAAGGAAACAACAGAAUGCAUCGACUUCCAGGGCUAUAAAUAGAUGAUAACCAACUUCUGCUAAACAGAGCUAUAAAUAGAUCAACUACUUCUGCUAAAUAGAGCUAUAAAUAUAUUAACUUCGUCUACUAAACUGAGCUAUAACUAGAUCAAUUACUUCUGCUGAAUAGAGCUAUAAAUAGAUCAACUACUUCUGCUAAACUGAGAUAUAAAUAGACCCUAACCUUAACUACUUCUGCUAAAUAGAGCUAUAAAUAGAUCAACUACGUCUACUAAACUGAGCUAUAAAUAGAUCAACUACGUCUACUAAACUGAGCUAUAAAUAGAUCAACUACGUCUACUAAACUGAGCUAUAAAUAGACUACGUCUACUAAACAGAGCUAUAAAUAGAUCAACUACGUCUACUAAACUGAGCUAUAAAUAGACUACGUCUACUAAACAGAGCUAUAAAUAGAUCAACUACUUCUACUAAACUGAACUAUAAAUAGAUCAACUACGUCUACUAAACUGAAAUAUAAAUAGAUAAACUACGUCUACUAAACUGAGAUAUAAAAAGAUAAACUACUUCUGCUAAAUAGAGCUAUAAAUAGAUCAACUACUUCUACUAAACUGUUUAACCAAUCAGAGGUCUCGAGACAAAUCUUCAUGUCGGUACGGAGAAGUGUACGGCGCUACGACAGCAUAUUUCGCUUCCUUAAGACGACCUUGAUGAUUGGAUGCCUGGUUACCAUAGUAACGUGGAUGUGGUCCCUCGCAAAAGGUUCCUGGUGGUGCAGUAGAAACGAUGGACACCUUCGCCAACUCACAUUCACCAGCGCCCUGCAGUUCAUGCAGCAGGAAGCUCAGGUGUGCCCGCCUUGCCCAGCAGAGGGCUCCGCAUCCGUCCAGCUACCCAUCGACGCUUCACUAGCCUCCAACACGGACGUCAUCAACUGCUCCAUCAACGACCAGGAAUUUAUCGAGUGCCGGCGGGACGGGACGGAGGUGUACAUGCCAGUGUCUUUCAUCAACAAGUAUUUUGAUGUGUACGGUACUGUAAGGGUGAAGGACAACGUCAAGUACUAUGAGUUCCAGUACUCUUACGGUAAGGUGUUCCCUCCCCAACCGACGUACCACCCUGGGGGAGUGUUUCUCAACUUUGAGAAGUAUUACGUGGAGGCCAGGGAGAAAAUCAAAUGUGUCACAGCAGUAGACGGAGUUCCACUGGCAAGUCAAUGGGAUCCUAACGGCUAUUACUACGCCAUCUCUGUGGCUCAGUACGGACUAAGUCACCACGCCAAGAGCAUACUGUUUGGGAACCCCGCGCCCGAAGUGAUCGCCACUGGCCACAAUUACGACCUUUCAAAGUGGACAGUUCCGGCCAGGACGUCGUCCUUGUCUCCGACGGAAGUACUUGUUGAGGGUCAGCGGAGACGCGUGCUGGUUUUCAAUGCACCAGAAUCUCACCAUGUUGCUGGACCCACUAUCAAGCUGAACACAGCGCUUCAAGCCCUGUGCCUCGACGUUUUUAUGACUGGUCCAGGGGGAGUAACAGUGAAAAUUGUGAACAAGCUAGGCAGCGAGGGUUAUAUCCACUUCAUACAAGACGACGCCUACAUGAUAGUGGAAGGAAAUCACGUGACAUACGGCAUGGGCACGCGACAUUUGAACCGAUGGUUGCAUUUGGCGCGAGACUUGAGUGUGGACUGGAUGAAAAGUCUCGGUCCAGUGAAGUACAAUUCACCAAACUUGUUCUUCAAAAUUGUCGAUGUUACGUUGCAUGGCAACGGUUAUUUGGACAACCUUACUGUGGCAGCCAACGCUCAUAUAGACCAUCUGAUCCACUCGGCUGAUUGGCUGGUCAACAAUCAAGAUCCAAUGGGUGGAUGGCCAACGGAGAUCGGGAUGAGGACCGGGGACAUUCAACUCAAGCCUGGAUGGUAUUCGGCCAUGGGCCAGGGACAGGCCAUGUCCACAUUGGUUCGAGCCUAUAAUGUUACUGGCGAAAAGCAAUAUUUGACUUCUGCAAUCAAAGGGCUUCAUUUAUACGAGCUAGGCUCAGAAGAAGGAGGUGUCCGGGCUCGGUUCCUGGGACAACUAGACUGGUAUGAGGAGUAUCCCACCACACCGACCAGCACCUUUGUUCUCAAUGGUUUUAUCUUCUCCAUGCUGGGACUCUAUGACGUCAUGAAAACAGUGGAUGGGGAAAGUCAACAACUGUCUGAAAAACUCUGGAAUGCUGGCUUGAAGUCUCUCAAGAUCAUGAUCGGUAUGUACGACUCGGGUACAGGAACACUCUAUGACCUACGCCAUGUGAUCAACCACGAGCAGCCUAAUCGUGCCAGGUGGGACUACCAUACCACUCACAUAGCACUGGUCCAAGAGAUGGCCAUCAUUGACGGCGAUCCAAUCUUUCACCAGACAGCCAACAGAUGGAUUGACUACAUGUAUGGCAUCAAGUCCAAACAUAACUAAUUAAAAGAGAUUGCUAUCCUUGUUUAGAAUUGAUUUCAAAUACACGUUUCUAGAUUUACUACAGCUUUUUCAAGGCAAUCCCUUGACAUUUUCAAACUUUGUACAGAGAUGGCACACGUUUCAUUUUAUUGUGAGUGUAGAAGUGUUAUAAUUGUGUUAUAUACACCAACUUGGUCACUAAAAUACAAGUGAUAAUGCUCUACCUCGCUCACAAUAUAGACCCCCCCCCCUCCUCCUUUGCUGUCAUAUCUUCAACAUGAACAUGCAUUUGAAAAAGAUGUUCAACAACCGCUAUUUACAACUUUUAAGUUUUACAUUUUAUGCUUAUGACAAUGAAUUAAAUCAUCGAGAUACCAGUAUGUCCUAAUUGUAUUCUCUAUCAAUGUCCAGACUAGAGCAAUGUACUGUGUAUCAGUAGGACUUGUUUUCUUCACUACAAUCAUGUGUGUAUUUCAGAUAAUUUGUAUUACUUAUCAUGCCUUUAGAAAUGGAAGGAUUAUUUUUCAAUUCAAUGAGAUGUGUAUAUAGUAAGUGCUGACUCCAAAUAAAAUCAAACAAUUAUUAUGUGCAUUAUAAGAACAUUUUAAUAACUUAUGUACACAAGACAUAAUUCAUCCAUAUAUUUAUCAUGAUUCAAAUGAAUGUUUAUUUACAAGAGAAAUGUCUAGUACUUAUGGAAUAAAAUAUUGGCAUCAAC